CUAAUGUGUUGCUGAUGGAGGUUUAGAUGGGGAAUUAGUUAUCCACUUGAUUACGUUAAAAAUGGGUCCCUAGAUGUGUACUGAAGGAAGUUGCAGAUAUUUUGGACCCUGAGGGGUUCCUGUUGAGCAUUAUUGGUCCUUGUUUGAUGCAAACCAUUUUGGCAUUUGUGCUUUAAUCACUUGUAAGAGUAGACCACAGGUUUCCUGCACGGAGAGGGUGUUAGAUUUAAUAUGUCCUUUGUGUCUUGUUAACAGAAAAAUUUAGUUGGCAAUCUUUGAUUAGCUAGUGUCAAGCAAAUAGUUAUUCUGUUCUUGCAGUAACCAGCAGCUUCCUCGCCAAAUCCCCUUUUAUUAGUGCUUCAAUGUCUUUUCACUGACGUACUGUACACAGUUAGAGAUCCAAUGCAGCCAUGAGCCAACGGUUUACAUUUCAAGAUAGGAUCUGAACCAUCUUGCUGACUUAGGAUCUACUCUUCAUUGGAUAUGAAUUAGACUGUUCAUGACUCACAUAGCAAGUUAACUGGGACUUUGGUUUUUUAAGUGGUCACAUAUCAUACAUUUGCUUGUCAAUUGGAGUGACUGUGUGAGUGGGAAGAUUUGAGAGGAUGAGAUCUGUAGAGGAUAAAGGGUGUUACAAUCAUGGACCAACUCAGGAGAUUUCAAGUGGCAAUGCAAUUAGUUUUGAGUUUCAUAAAGGCAAUGGAGCUAGUCGCAGUGGUCAUCACCGAACAGCUUUAGGCAAACCAACACCAUCCAAAUGGGAUGAUGCGCAAAAAUGGCUAGUGGGAUUGUCAAGAGGAGGAGGGGGAGGUGAUAAAAAAGAAAGCAAGCCAAGAAACUCAAAUGCCGACGAUAGGAGACUGAUAGCUCCAGUUCCUCAGAUGGAACAGGACUAUUCAAGUGGAGAAGAUGAAGUUGAAGGAAAAGCAGAAAAUGGGUGUUCCAUUUCAAUCAUAAAUCAAUAUGAAGUGGAGACAAAGAACGUAGAUUGCGAUGAGUCGGUGUGGAGAAUAAACAAGCCUGUGCAGAACUCAACAAUGAAUGCUGUUAGAUCAGUCUGUGUUAGGGACAUGGGGACUGAGAUGACCCCCAUUGCAAGCCAAGAGCCGUCAAGAACAGCAACACCAAUUAGAGCCACAACACCCGCGGCGAGGAGCCCCAUAUCUUCAGGAUCUUCCACCCCAGUAAGGGGCCAACACGGGUUGCAGGGCAAUGAAGGCUAUCAAACUGGUUUAGCAGUGACUGAAAGCAGAGGUGAGACUCCCGGGGUUGUUAGUGCAACAAGGCACUAUGGACAAGAAUUUAAUGGUUCCAGGAUACCUGAGAAUAUGGAUUCAGAUCAGGCAAGGAAGAUGAAUGCUCUAGAAGCCAGAGCGAUGGCCUGGGAUGAAGCAGAGCGAGCCAAAUACAUGGCAAGGUAUAAGCGUGAAGAGGUGAAGAUCCAAGCCUGGGAAAAUCACGAGAAGAGGAAAGCAGAAAUGGAAAUGAGGAAAAUGGAGGUGAAGGCUGAGAGGCUGAAAGCCAGAGCACAAGAACGGCUGGCAAACAAACUGGCCUCGACUAAGAGAAUAGCUGAAGAGAAACGAGCAAAUGCAGAGGCCAAACUGAAUGAGAAAGCUGUCAAGACUUCUGAGAAGGCAGAUCAUAUGAGGACGACUGGGCACUUGCCCUCUUCAUUCUCCUUCAAGUUACCUUCCCUGUGCUGGUAGCAACACAGCACUAUAUUUACAUGUAACAUCUGCUAGUAACCGUUCCCAUAUCACUUUUUUUAUUUACAUAUUCGAACUUGUGGAUUCAUUUCAUAUGUUAAAUUCUGCAAUUACAUUCACAGGUCUUCUUCCUCUAAUAAAAUUCGGACUGCCCACUUUGGCCAA